AUGGAUUUCUCAUUUAACUCGCAGCAUUUUGACAGGGUGCAGCUCUCAGAAGAUUCCAAACCUGAUCUUCUCUCGCAACCAGAAGGGCCACCCCAGUUCAGUGUAGCUGACUGGGCCAGAUGGAGAUCCCAGCCAGCUCCCAUGCCUCCUCGCCAGUAUGAAGUCCAUGGCUUUCCUCGUGUUGCUGAUGGUGAGCCGUACGGCUUGGGUCCGUUGCCUCAGGAGCUCAUUGGGGAUGCAAAUGGAUAUAUUGAUGCCUACCACUCUCAUGUUAGCCCCACCAUGGCUGGCACAUCCUCGGAGGUUAUGGCCCCCCAGACUGGGGAGGGUCACCCAGAUUGGCCACUUUUGCAGCCCUCCCAUGCCUUCAAAGAUCAGCAAUACAACUAUUCUCAGUUGAAGCCGGUUCAGCCCCCUCCAGACUCCCCGCCGUCGCCACUUUCUGAAAUCUCUUCCUAUCACUCUCCACAUUCGCUCGCUGCUUCGAGUCCAGCAAUGACAGUUCAGACAGCAGACCGUUUCUCGCCACGUUCAAGUACUGGUGACAACAAAGAAGAGCGUUCCAGCCACCCUCCCUAUUCGGUUCUCAUCUACCAAGCCUUGAAGGAGGCCCCGGGACACAAGCUUCAACUCCAAAGCAUUUACUCCUGGUUCGAAGCGAAUACAGACAAGGGAGGGGACCCGAAUGCAAAGGGAUGGCAGAACAGUAUCCGCCACAAUCUCUCGAUGAACGCGGGAUUCGAAGCAGUGAAGGAAGAAGUUGGACCAGGCAAGAAAGCCGUGAACUUUUGGAAGCUGACCCCGGAAGCCAUCCAUAGCGGCGGCAUCCAAUCAACUACUCGCUACCGUAAGCUCCAGCACCAAAAGAAAGGAAUGAACUCAGGCUAUCGUGGCUCCACACGUCAGCAAUCAGAGUCUAAGGGGGUCCACCUUAUGAAAGUCGUCAAAUCACGCAGCACGAACAGUCCCCACAACGAGCGCGCCGAAGCAUAUCAUCAACAGCAAAUGAUAAGCAUGAACCCUAGUCUCGGACACGAAUACGGUCCCACGAGCCUUCCUGCGAUGCAAAAAUACAUGCAGCACCCCAUGGGCCCUGUUGUCGGAUGCACCCCCAUGAUACCAGGCAACGAUACGGUCUUCACUGAUACCGCGGAACCAGUACCGGCGUUUGAUGUGGGCCAUAAUCAUGAUUGGUAUGCUCCAGAGUCAGGCCCCAACAGGGUCCACGACCCGCUCGAGGGUCCCGGUCGAUCAUCAGCAUGGGACUUCAAAAAAGGAAUUUAA